AAAAUGUUCACAUCUCAACUAACUUGGGCUAUUCUAUAACUAUUUAUUGUUGGCACUCUUUAUUUUGUAAUCUUUUAAGCUAUUAAUGUUUAACAUUAACAAAAAGAAAUAACAUUUAUUAGACAUGGUGCUAGAUCUCCUAACAAAUAUAAUCCAUUAGAUUAAGAAUUAUGGAAAAACUAUAAACCUGGUCAUCUUACUGAAAAAGGAUUUUUAUAACUUUAAUAAUUAGGUUAAUCAUAUCAAACUAAUUAUUUUUAUGAUGAUAAUGCAAAUUGUAUUUACUAAAAAUUAAAUUUCAUUUCAUCUUUAAAACCAAGAGUUAUACAUUCAUUCAUUGCAUUUAUUUAGGGACUUUGUCCUAAUAAUUUUUCAGAAAUUCUUAAAAACUUUUUUUAAGACUAUUUUUCAAACUAUUCUAAAAAUGAAAAAAUUCUAAAACAAAUUCUAUAGUCGAAUUUUACAAGUCCUUUUGAUUUUGAUUUUGAAACGUUUUAAAUGGAUAGAGACUUUUUAUUUCAUGGUCAUAGUUCAUCAUAGUGUCCUAUAUUAGAUUAGAUUGAAUUAGAAAUAUUAAAUAACCAAGAAUAUUUGUCAAAAAAUCAAGAGUUUAAACUUAGGCCAGAGUUUUAAGAAGUAUUUACAGAGAUGAAAAAUUCAAAUUCAUUUCUUCAAUAAGAAACUAUCACUAUCAAUUAAAUGAAAACAUUUUAUGGAGGAUAUAAAUGUAAUAGAUAUUAAGGAUUUGAGAGGCCAGUUUUUUCAUUAAAUGCUUAAAAAUAUUUAGAUGAAGUAAAUUAUUUAUUUUUAUUUUAGAUUUUUAUCUAUAAGUUUUAUAAUAUUGAUAAUUCAAAAUCUAUUCAACAUUUUUCUGCAUUAACUGAAAUAUUUUAAUGGAUAAUUAAAUAAAUUUAAGGAGAUCAUCUUUUUAGUAUAUAUUUUGGACAUGAUUCAAAUUAAAUUGCAAUAUUAGCUGUUUUGAUUGAAGAACGACUUAUUCCUCCUUUUGCCUCUUAAUUGAAAUUAAUAAUUAAAGGAGAAUAUGCCAAUCUAUAUUUUUAAAAUGAACUCUUAGAAACUAAAAUUUGCAGAUCUAAAAUUAAUUGUACUAGAAGAUAAUUAAUCAAAUAUCUAGAAUAAUAUAUUUCUAAAGACUUGAAUGACCUUUGUUAAAUUUGA